CACUUUUUAGCCAAUCAACAUAUCACACGAUUAUUUCAUCUACUUUGCCACGUUCGCUGGAAUUGGAAAUAGCGGUGUCGUGUAAGAAUCAUCGACAAAAUUUUUACUAUCGUACAUUGUUAUUUAGCAAGCUCAGCCGGCACAUCAUCAACGCUCCACCUCUCUAGUCUAUAAUUGCAAUUAAUUUAAUUUAUCACAAUGUGGUUGUUAAAUACUUUAGUAAUUUUAUCGGUAUUCGGUGCAAUUUACGGUGAUGCCGAUGUGAAAACUGAAGAUGGAGUUUUGGUGUUAACAACAGACAAUUUCCAGUCGGUCAUUGAGAAUAAUGAAUUCGUCCUAGUUGAAUUCUAUGCACCAUGGUGUGGACACUGCAAAAGUUUAGCUCCUGAAUACGCCAAGGCUGCCAAGGAAUUGGAAGAAAAAGGAUCACCAAUUAAACUCGGCAAGGUCGAUGCAACCGAAGAAACAAAACUUGCCGAAGACUUUGCCAUCCGUGGUUAUCCAACAUUGAAAUUCUUCCGCAGUGGUUCACCAAUUGAAUACGGAGGUGGUAGACAAGCUGAUGAUAUCGUUAACUGGUUGAGCAAGAAAACCGGACCAGCUGCUCUUGAAAUUGAAACUGUUGAAGCCGCCGAAGAAUUCAUCAAGAGUCAACCGGUUGUCGUUGUCGGUUUCUUCAAGGAUCGUGAAUCUGCUGAAGCCAAGACAUUCGUCAGUGUUGCCAAUGGUGUUGACGAUUUCCCAUUCGCCAUUACCAGCAACGAAGAUGUCUAUGCCAAAUACGAAGCUCAAUGCGGUUCCAUCAUUUUGUUCAAGAACUUCGACGAAGGUAAAUCCGUUUACGAUGGAGAAUCAUCCGAAGAAUCGAUCAAGAAAUUCGUCGCUGUCCAAUCUAUGCCAUUGAUUGUUGACUUCAAUCAUGAGUCGGCACAAAAGAUCUUCGGCGGAGACAUCAAGAGUCACUUGUUGAUGUUCAUUUCAAAGGAAGCCGGACAUGUUGAAAAAUACGCUGAACCAGCUAAGGAAUUGUCGAGAGGAUUCAGAAACAAAGUAUUGUUCGUUACCAUCGAUGCUGACGAAGAAGACCAUCAACGAAUUUUGGAAUUCUUCGGCAUGAAAAAGGAAGAGGUCCCAGCUAUGCGAUUGAUCCGUUUGGAAGACGAUAUGGCCAAAUACAAGCCAAAGAAUCCUGAAUUGUCGCCAGAAAACAUCAAGUCAUUCGUACAAGACUUCUUGGAUGGUAAAUUGAAGCAACACUUGCUCAGCCAAGAUCUUCCAGAUGAUUGGGACAAGACACCAGUCAAGACACUCGUAUCGACCAACUUCGAUGAAGUCGCUUUCAACAAAGACAAGGACGUUUUGGUUGAAUUCUAUGCUCCAUGGUGCGGUCACUGCAAACAAUUGGCACCAAUCUUCGAUCAACUCGGCGAGAAAUACAAGGAUUCCGAGACAGUUGUCAUCGCCAAAAUCGAUUCCACCGCCAACGAAUUGGAGCACACCAAAAUCACAUCUUUCCCAACGUUGAAGUACUACAAGAAGGGCGACAAUGAAGUCGUCGACUACAACGGCGAACGAACAUUGGAAGGUUUCGUGAAGUUCAUCGAAAGCGGCGGCCAACAGGUGGAAGAGGAAGCCGAAGAUGCCGAAGAUUCAUCCGAAGAAAAGGAACAUCCAAAAGACGAACUAUAAGUUUACAAUUGUUUUAGUUUCAUCGUAAUUCAUUGCUGUGACUACUAACGAAAAUAUUAGACUGUCUUUUCCACUCCGUAUUGCUACAAAGAAUAAAAAAAAGAAGUAAAAUGAUGGGUAGGAAUGGGGGGUGAAUCAUUCGUUUUGUUCAAUUUAAAUUCAUUUUUUUUCGCAUCUUCGAUUAACCAUUUUGUAUUUUGUGUAUAACAUUUCCGCUCGAUGAUGACAGAAAUACUUAAUUUUCAGAUUCUUAUAUUUCGAUGUUGUUUUAACAUUCCUAAGUUAAUAGUAGCACAGUUCAGCAAGCACAUUUGAAAUCUUUCGUUUUAAGGCAUUAUAUGCAUUAAGAUGACGUUUAACACUAAUUUAGAGUCGUUUUUCUUUUCCUCUUAUUUGGUCUUUUCAAAUUUAUAUUUUAAGUUAAAUCAACUGUGUAAAGGAGAGCAUAACAGCUUUUUUUAAAAAA